AUGACUGGCCUCUGGCAGGAGUGUGACCCCAGCAAAGCGACCUUUGUGAAGGUGGUACCAACCCCCAACAAUGGCUCCACCGAACUCGUGGCCCUGUACUGCGACAAGGGCGAAGACGGGCUUGAGGUGCUGUCCUUUGAAUUCCAGAAGAUUAAGUAUUCCUACGAUGGCCUGGAGAAGAAGCAGUUCCUCCCUGUGGCCUUCCCGUCGUACUAUCAGGGCAACAGAGGGUUCCAGGAAGACUCAGAGAUCCGAGCAGGUGAGAAGAAAUUUGGGAGCAACAAUUUAGUUUACCCCAAACCUGCCUGCUGGCAGGAACCCCCAGAGGGCCUGGAGCCCUUGCCUUGUGGCGUGAAACCCCGAGUGUGCCACCCUUGGCGGGAGCUGGCCCGCGGCCCCUUCCCAGUAACAGCUGGCUGGCUUCUAUUCCAGCAGUUUUUAGGAAUUCCCAGCUUCAGUGGGGGUGGGGCUCAGACUCCAUCUUUUGGGCCCCUGGGGGAAUUUGCAGCCAGUAUCCAGCUGCCCAGGCCUCCUCUGUGCGACUUCAAGGCCUUGCGGAACAUGUGGGAGAUCCGGAGGAUGGGCAACAAGCCCCACGUGAUCCAGGUCUACCGAAGCCGCAAGUGGAGGCCCACCGCCAGCGACGAGAUUGUUCCCGGGGACAUCGUCUCCAUCGGCCGCUCCCCGCAGGAGAACCUGGUGCCCUGCGACGUGCUGCUGCUGAGGGGCCGCUGCAUUGUGGACGAGGCCAUGCUCACUGGGGAGUCGAUGCCGCAGAUGAAGGAGCCACUCGAAGACCUCAGCCCAGACCGGGUGCUGGACCUCCAGGCUGACUCCCGGCUCCACGUCAUCUUUGGGGGCACUAAGGUGGUACAGCACAUCCCCCCACAGAAAGCCACCGCAGGCCUGAAGCCGGUCGACAACGGGUGUGUGGCCUACAUCCUGCGGACUGGAUUCAACACGUCCCAGGGCAAGCUGCUGCGCACGAUCCUCUUUGGGGUCAAGCGGGUGACCGCAAACAACGUGGAGACCUUCAUCUUCAUCCUCUUCCUCCUGGUGUUUGCCAUCGCUGCUGCCGCCUACGUGUGGAUUGAAGGCACCAGGGACCCCAGCCGGAACCGCUACAAGCUGUUUCUGGAGUGCACCCUCAUCCUCACCUCGGUCGUGCCCCCUGAGCUGCCCAUCGAGCUGUCCCUGGCCGUCAACACCUCCCUCAUCGCCCUGGCCAAGCUCUACAUGUACUGUACGGAGCCCUUCCGCAUCCCCUUUGCUGGGAAGGUCGAGGUGUGCUGCUUUGACAAGACGGGAGCCUUGACCAGUGACAGCUUGGUGGUACGCAGCGUGGCUGGGCUGAGAGAUGGGAAGGAGAUGACCCCCGUGUCCAGCAUCCCAGUACAAACACACCGGGCCCUUGCCACAUGCCACUCCCUCGUGCAGCUUGAUGACGGCACCCUCGUGGGUGACCCCCUCGAGAAGGCCAUGCUGACCGCUGUGGACUGGACACUGACCAAAGAUGAAAAAGUAUUCCCCAGAAGUAUUAAAACUCAGGGGCUGAAAAUUCACCAGCGCUUUCAUUUUGCCAGUGCCCUGAAGCAGAUGUCUAUGCUUGCCUCGUACGAGAAGCUGGGCUCCACUGACCUCUGCUACAUCGCAGCCGUGAAGGGGGCCCCCGAAACCCUGCACUCCAUGUUCGCCCAGUGCCCGCCCGACUACCACCACAUCCACACUGAGAUCUCCCAGGAAGGAGCCCGCGUCCUGGCACUGGGGUACAAGGAGCUGGGGCACCUCACCCACCAGCAGGCCCGGGAGGUCAAGCGCGAGGCCCUGGAGUGUGGCCUCAAGUUCGUCGGCUUCAUCGUGGUUCCGCUCAAGGCCGACUCCAAAGCCGUGAUCAGGGAGAUCCAGAACGCGUCCCACCGGGUGGUCAUGAUCACAGGAGACAACCCGCUCACUGCCUGCCACGUGGCCCAGGACAAGGCCCACACGCUGAUCCUGCAGUCUCCCUCGGAGCAAGGCCGACCGUGCGAGUGGCGCUCCAUCGACGGCAGUAUUGUCCUGCCCCUGGCCCAGGGGUCCCCGAAGGCGCUGGCCCUGGAGCACGCGCUGUGCCUCACAGGCGAUGGCCUGGCCCACCUGCAGGCAGCCAACCCCCAGCAGCUGCCCCGCCAACCCCACGUGCAGGUGUUCGCCCGAAUGGCCCCCACACAGAAGGAGUUCGUCAUCACCAGCCUGAAGGAGCUGGGCUACGUGACCUUCAUGUGCGGGGACGGCACCAACGACAUGGGUGCCCGGAAGCACGCUGAUGUGGGUGUGGCGCUCCUGGCCAAGGCCCCUGAGCGGGUUGUUGAGCAGCGACGGCGGCCCCGGGACAGCCCCACCCUGAACAACAGUGGCAUCAGGGCCACCUCCAGGACAACCAAGAAGUCGGGGCUCCCACCCCCUGAGGAGCAGCCAGCCUCACAGAAGGACCGUCUGAGCCAGGUGCUUCGUGAUCUCGAGGACGAGAGCACGCCCAUCGUGAAGCUGGGGGACGCCAGCAUCGCCGCGCCCUUUACCUCCAAGCUCUCGUCCAUCCAGUGCAUCUGCCACGUGAUCAAGCAAGGCCGCUGCACACUGGUGACCACACUGCAGAUGUUCAAGAUCCUAGCGCUCAACGCCCUCAUCCUGGCCUACAGCCAGAGCGUCCUCUACCUGGAGGGAGUCAAGUUCAGCGACUUCCAGGCUACCUUGCAGGGGCUGCUGCUGGCUGGCUGCUUCCUCUUCAUCUCCCGUUCCAAGCCCCUCAAGACCCUCUCCCGAGAGCAUCCCCUACCCAACAUCUUCAACCUGUACACGAUCCUCACCGUGAUGUUCCAGUUCUUCGUGCACUUCCUGAGCCUUGUCUACCUGUACAGGGAGGCCCAGGCCCGGAGCUCUGAGAAGCAAGAGCCGUUUGUGGACCUGUACAAGGAGUUUGAGCCAAGCCUGGUCAACAGCACCGUUUGCAUCAUGGCCAUGGCCAUGCAGAUGGCCACCUUUGCCAUCAACUACAAGGGCCCGCCCUUCAUGGAGAGCCUUCCCGAGAACAAGCCCCUGGUGUGGAGCCUGGUAGUGACCCGGGCUAUCAGCCUGCUCCUUGGCUCCUCCCCCGACUUCAAUAGCCAGUUUGGCCUCAUGGACAUCCCUGUGGAGUGUGUGCUGGGGGAGGGGUGUGCGGUGGAGGGAAACCGGAUCCCCCCAGAAACUCCAAGGCUGACCCCGCUCUUUGAGUGGCUCCCACUGCCUGUCUGGGGCCAGGGCUAG